AUGCCUUCUUUUAAUCCAAUUAGAUUCUUAGAAUUACCAAUUGACAUUAGAAAAGAAGUCUACUUUCAUUUAAAUGGUAAUUUUUGCGGAGCACAUCCAUACCCAAUAGAUAUAUUAUACAAAUCUAAUGAUGUGGAGCUUCCAGGAAAGCCAGGUUAUAAAAGAUCUAAGAGAUCUAAGAAACUAUUGAGGUAUAUGUAUCCUGUUUUUGCCUCGUAUUUGAACAUUUUCGAAUACUCUCCACAACUCAUUGAAAAAUGGCUUGAAUAUGCAUUUUGGUUGCGCUAUGAUUGCUUAGUUUUGGACUGUUUGAGAGUAAACCAUCUAUAUGAUGGAACGCUCAUUGGUGCAUUCGAAUGGACGUACCUCGAUAACGAACUUCGGCUGGCUUAUUUCAAUAAGGCCAGUAUGCUAGAAGUUUGGUAUACUUUUAAAGAGUACAAGAUGUGGGUGAUAGACAGUGCUGCUUAUAGCGAGCUUGGCUUGCCUAACGUAAAUAAUAUUCAAUUCAAUAUCGAUAAUCUAACUCCACAAAUAGUAGGCAAGUGCUUAUCAAUUCUAGAACAGAAAGAUUUAUUUACAACAAUUAGAGAAAUACAAUUUGGACAAGAUGAAGAAGUAGGAGAAGAGAGAGAUCUUGACGAUAGUGAAGCUGAUUCUGACGAAAAUGCUUCAUCUAGCUCCACAUUGAAAAACAAGAAAAGAUCAGUUUCUAAAAAAUCGUAUUCAGACAAUAGCAAUGUGGAAGCAAAGCAAAAUCAGCUGACAAGUACGUCAGUUAUCAGGACAAUAAGGUGUAUGGAAUCUAUGAAAAGCUUGCGGAAGAUUGCUGUGGGAGGGGAGAAAUUAUAUGAGUUGCUAAUAAAUUUUCAUGGGUUUAGAGACAAUCCUGGUAAAACGAUUAGUUACAUAGUGAAACGUAGGAUAAAUGAAAUACGGCUAUCGCGAAUGGAUCGAAUUUCCAGAACUGGACUAGCUGAUUUUACAAGAUGGGACAAUUUGCAAACGCUCGUUUUGAGUAGAAUAGCUUACAUCGACUUGAAUGGCAUUGUCUUUCCCAAAAAUUUCAAGUCUUUGACAAUAAAGCAUGUGAGAAAAAUCAGGUGGUGGAAUAUCGAGGAAAACAUACUAAAGGAACUAAAAGUGAACAAAAAAACUUUUAAAUCAUUGUAUAUAAAGGAAGAUGAUAGUAAAUUUACAAACUUUUUCAACCUCAGACAAACGAGAAUAAAACAGCUUGACAAAAGUGAAAUUAAUCAAAUAACAUGCCUUCGAUGUCAAGCAUUAGUUUGGCUAUCCUUUCGGGCUCUGAACCAUAUCAAACUACAAAGUAUAUCUGAAGUUUUUAACAAUAGCAUCAUCGUACCUAGGGCUUUAUUCGAUAGUAAGCGAGUAGAAAUUUACCAAUGUGAAAAAAUCUCUGAGAUUCUAGUAAUAUAG